AUGGUCGUCGGUAUCCUAGCUAUUCUCAAGAUUGGUGCGAUCUACACACCAAUAGAUCGCGAUCAAUGGCCGAGAGAAAGAAUAGAGGAUGUUUUGCAAAGAACAGAUGCCUCAAUUAUCGUCUACACGGGAGGGAAUAUGGAUAUUCCAGGCAUGGUGAUGAUCAAUGCUGAAGAUGUCGACGUCGAUUACGAUCCCGAAGGUGCAGGCAUGGUUCCACUUCCAGAGCUAGCGGCUAUCAUUUUCACAUCUGGAACGACUGGAAAACCCAAGGGUGUUGAGAUCCAGCAUUCGUCAUUGGCCAACUUCGUUUCAGCGGCUCAUUUCAACUACGACGUUACUCCGGACGACCGAGUAUUGCUAGUACUCUCCGUUGCUUUUGAUGGUAUGCACCAUGUAAUCGUAUCUACGUGUCCUCAGACCGGAAGUUUGAAGCCAUCAAUUCUGGGGACCCCUAUCCACGGUGCUAGAGUCAUGAUUGUGGACAGUUUGGGAAGCGAGAUCGAAGCUGCUGGGAUGGAGGGAGAGCUGCUGAUUUCCGGGAUUGGAUUGGCUAGAGGUUACUGGCGCGACAAGCAGCGAACGGACGAAAAGUUCUUCUUGCAUAAAUGCGAACGCACAUACAGAACGGGUGACCGUGCGAGAUGGUUCGUCAAUGCGUUCGGAGAAAGAGCCGUCGAAUUCUGUGGUAGGCGCGAUCGAACCGUCAAGAUCCGAGGAUUCCUAGUAAACCUUGAGCUCGAUGUCGAUGCAGCAUUACUGGCCAUGGAACCCGAAAUCACAGCGGUGCAUUCAAUCCAGGUGAAUGGGAAACUGUACACUGCCCUGACGCCAGUACAUUCCGAUAUCACGGAGCUAAAGUCCCGAUGGAGAGCACGGGUUCCACCGUACCUUGUACCAGACCACAUGGUAGGACUUGAGUCGUUCCCAAUGACAGCGAACGGCAAGGUUGAUCCUCGCAAAUUGGCCGAAGUCGUGGUAGCCAUGAUACUAGAUGCCCAAGAGGAUGUGGAAGAUGACGGAAGCUUGGAGUCUGUCAUUAUUGGUGGAAUGGCGAGUAUACUCAACAUACCUGCAUCAACGAUCGACCGCGACCAAUCUUUUGUCAGCCAAGGACUUCAUUCUCUUGCAGCGAUCAUGCUCUGCUCGCACUGUCGGAAGCAAGGAUUUGCCAUCCCUAUGGAAGAUAUACUCGGUUCACCUUCAAUCAAUAGCCUACUUCAGGCCUACGAUGGUACAGCUCGUAUGUCGAUAGACGUGGCACCUGCAUCUGUACACAUGCCGGUGGCACCUCUCACGGCAUUACAGAAGAUGCUUAUCUAUGACAGCAUGAACCAGAAGACGGCCAAUGUAGUGCAACACAUUGCUACGUACAACAGUGCAGAUGUGCAGCAUCUGCAACGGGCGUGGCAUACCGUUAUCUCAUCUGAACCUAUAUUUCGGACAGAGCUGGACAUCAACACCCAGACACAGCGCAUCAACAACAAACCAACGGUUCGCUGGACGGAACUUGUUGUUGAGUCAAUGUUUGAGGUUGAAGAAAGGACCAAAGAAGCUGCUGCGGCUACUGGAUUGGGAGCCUCGUUUACGAUCCUGCACUACCGGGGUGCGCUGCUGCCCUGCGAUCAAAGUGUUGUCAUAUUUUCCAUCCACCACGCUCUCGUGGAUGGCUUCUCUGCUUCGCUUAUUCUCAACAAGGUCGCUGCUGCAACCAGAGGCAUCCCGUGUGACCCGUCACCGCCUUUCACUAUUGCAGUAGGCCAGAUGCGACAAAACGCAGCUCGCACGUCGGUUGAAGCGAGCGCAUUUUGGAGACAGCAGGAUCAGGACCUUAGCGACGCCAUUGGCGAUAUGCUGCUUCCGAAACCACCGGCGGGUGUGCUCGACACAACUGUGCAAUACUCCAUACAGACAGAGCUGGGCAGUGCUUCUCUGGCGAAGCUAAGCUGUGCCGGAAGGUCAACGGCCGCGACAUUCCAUUACGCAGCAUGGGCACUGGUACUAUCGAGUUACACCAAUGCCCCAACAGUGCUCUUCGGGGCCGUUCUUUCUGCCCGGACAUUGGGAUUCCAGGGGGCAGAAAGUAUCAUCGGUCCCCUUAUUGCGACACAGCCACUACGUAUGGCUAUUGACAGGCACGCGUCGACCGAUGCGUUUCUGCAGCAGACAUACGACGCGGUGCGAUCUCUCUCUAAGUUCCAGGCAUCCGAGCGCAAAGGGGAGCCGUUGCGUUUCUCGUCGGCUCUUGCGAUACAGUAUGACUCGCCCACGCUUGAGCCAGCAGGAAUCGAGCCAGUUCAGCCGCCCUUCGUUGUCGAGUCUCCAGCACUGCCGCUAAACGUCCUUGUCGAGGGAGAUGGGCGGGUACGAUUCAUGUAUCGACGCAACAGCUUCAGCGACGAGCACGUGCGACAGAUGGCAACUCUGUAUCGUAACGUCUUGCAUGCCUUGACGCAUCCAGGGCUCACUGUUGAGGGAUGCUUGAGGAAGCGACUCGAUGCAGAGACGUCGCGCAUGCUGCUGGCUCGCGGUAACGGGCCUUCCAGCCUUUCGCGCGUCCGCGCAACAGGGCCGACAGUGACGAGCUGCAUUGAGAAUGCUGCGCAAGCCAACGCUGCACGCGUCGCCGUAGAGAAGGGAGCCGUCCAGUUGACGUAUGCAGAGCUCAUGACGCAUGCGGGACGCGUAGCAGCUGCCGCUGAGAAGGUCGUCAAACCGGGUGAUGUCGUGUGCGUUGUAGCAGACCGCUCGAUUAACUGGAUAGUGGGCGUAUGCGCAGCCCUCAAGGCUGGUGCAGUCUACUGCCCUCUCGACGAUGCGCACACACCCGAAUAUCGCGGCGAGCUGCUAAGAAGCAGUGGCGCGACAUUAUUGUUGUGUACUGAGAAGUCUCAAUUGGUCGAUGCGCCAACAAUGAAUGGCGUACCUAUACUCGCCAUCGAUGCACUCUUGGCAGAUGACAGAUCACGUGAUCCUCACGUCCUGACCAGAUUACCCAGUGUCAGCGAUGCCGCAUUUCUCUGUUUCACAUCGGGGUCUACUAGCAAGCCCAAAGGCGUUGCAUGUGUCCACGGUGCCGUUACCGCGUUUCAUGCCGACCCUGACGUGCGCCUCAACAGCGCACCGGGAGUUCGAAUUGCUCAGUUUCUUUCUCCAGGAUUCGAUGGAUGUGUGCACGAAGUUUUUGCGUCUCUUUGCUAUGGGGCUACGCUGGUACUCCGAACAGAACGAGAUGACCCUUUCGGCCAUCUGGGACAUGUCGACGUCGCAAUGAUGACGCCAUCUGUCGCUGCAGGUUUGAACCCGGCUGAGUUUCCGAACCUCAAAUUUGUCUACUUUGCAGGAGAGCCUGUGCAGCAACCAACGUUGAAUAAAUGGGCAGUGAACAGGACAUUGUACAAUCUCUAUGGCCCGACAGAGGGCACGAUAGGAUCAUGUCAGCAAAAGCUCCAGGCACAUGUGCCUGUCAACGUCGGACCUCCAGUACCAUCCAUGCGCCUAUACAUUCUCGACGAUGCAAUGCAGCUUUCGCCCCCAGGUGUUGUUGGCAACAUCUUCAUUGCGGGGGUGCAAGUCAGCCGAGGAUACAUCAACCACGACCUGGCUGAGCAAAACGCACGCGAGUUCCUACCUGAUCCCUUCUGUCCUUCCCCCAGUGAAGGAGAACGCAUGUAUCGCACUGGCGACCUGGGCUUCUGGGAUUCUGCUGGGAACGUACAUGUGUGUGGGAGAAAGGAUCGACAGAUCAAGAUGCGUGGAUUCCGCGUGAACCUGGACGACGUUGGCGCCAUUGCUAUGCGUGAGAUUCCAGACUUGCGCAAGGCCAUAGCAACAGAACAUAAGGGGAAACUCGUCUUAUGGGUGGAGCCUGAAGACCUGGAGGUUCAGGACAUGGCCCAACGCUUGCGUUCAGUGCUGCCCCAUCACGCCCAGCCUAAACACAUCAUUGCCAGAGCUCAGCUACCACUAUCGAAGAACGGAAAACUCGAUUCCAAGGCUUUAGCACAGCAGGAUGUUGUCUUCGACCAGCCAUGUACCAUUAUGGGCCCGGACCAAAGCUUAUCCACCUUUGAAGCUCUGAUCGCGCGCGAGUGGCGAACCCUACUCGGCCUGGAUAACUCGGUCAAGUUGACUUCCAAGGACAGCUUCAUCGCGCUAGGUGGUCAUUCAGUCCUGCAGUUGGAUCUUGCUGCACGCCUCCGCAGUGCAUGCAACAUGCCCCUCGCCAUCAGAGACAUCAUCCGGGCCCCCGUGCUGGCCGACAUGGCGGCUGUUGUUCAAGCGCGAAUGCACAGCUGGAAGGCGCAGGCAAUCAAAGAGAUUGCCAUCAAGCCGCUGGGCACCAGUGCGCUGUCUCCGGCUGAGCUGGAAUGGUGGCAUCGCUAUCGCGAGUCGGAAAGCCAGAGCGCGUUCAAUGUGCCCUGGGUAGCGAGUUUGCAACCCGAAGUCGACUUAGCUCGCCUUGCACGUUCUCUGAACUCAGUCAUGGCUCAACAUCGCAUACUAAAAUCGCGCUUUGUGCCAAAAGCAGACGGCGGUGUUUCGCGCAUCAUAUCAGAUGGUCCUAUCCUGGUUCAGAUGGUUCACGCGAUCAAUACGUCUGAGUUUGUCAAUCGCCCGUUCGACCUUAGCAACGAUGUCUUGGUCCGAGUGGCACUCUCUCCUUCGACACUUGCCAUCAGCAUCUCUCACAUCAUAUGCGACCUCACCGCGUUGAACACACUCCUCGCCGAUGCAUCAACAGUAUACAACAGCGGAAAAUUGCCGGCUGUGCAACUGGAGUAUUUCGAUUCAAAAGCGUGGGGCCAGCCGUUGGACCGUGAGACAGCCUUCUUCUGGUCGACGUAUCUUCGAGGUCUUCAACUUCAGCGUGAAUCCGAAGACCUUCUCUGGCACAAGUCUUACAAGGGCACAUCGCUAUUGGCCCCCCUUCCCCAGGAGCUCUGCCGAGACAUUGUAGCAUUGACGUUAAAUACUGGCACAACGCUUCACCAAUUCGGUCUUGCUGCCACGGGUGCAGUUUUGCAUUCUCUUUGCGAGCGGAGCGAUAUCAUACUAGGCAGCCCGUACAUGAAUCGCCACUCCGUGGAGGACAAAAAGAACUCCUCGUUAAAAUUGUGCAGAACAUGUUGCUACCAGCGGUCAAAGGCUUACUAG